AUGCGGGACUCAGAGAUUCCUUCAGUGGACAUGACUGUAUUCCGACGCAAUAUCCCGGCUCCAUCACAAAUGGGUCCGAUCCUAGGAAGAAGCUCGUAUAUUGACGAUAUCGCCCAUGAGGCGUCGACCUGGGUCCAACUAUGUGAGGUCCUGGACGCGUUGUUGUACAGACUACCAUACUGGAAUAUCUCUGUGAGCUUACCGAAAAGCGAAUUCGGAAAGUUAACCAUCCCAUUCCUCUUUCAUGAAGUGAGUGCGGACGGAAUCAGAGACUUACCGAAGAUUGUCCAAGUCAUAGAGGACUUACCUUUCCCGUCGACGUACAAGGGAGUGCAGUCCUUCUUAGGAAGUCUGAAUUAUUACAACAAGUUUAUUGAAGACUUACCUUUGCCGCUGUGCUCUAUGACCUCGACGAAGAACGUGUACGUGCGGGACGGAACCUGGAAGCUGCAAAGGAUCCUCCAAGAUCGUGUCGACCCGCUGCUGCGACAUCCAGACAGAACCAAACCUUUCGUGAUUAUUCCGCAUGCCAACCCGUGGGCGGCGUGUGCCGUUUUGGGUCAGGAGCAUAAAGGACUCAUACACCCAGUACGAUUUACUGGUAGAGUGUUGAAAGGAUCAGAGGUACGUUACCACAUAGCUGAGAAGGAGGUGCUCGCAAUCUUGCGGACUCUGGAAGUUUUCAGACCUCUGAUCCAUGGAUCAGAAUUCCCAGUUGUGGUGUAUACGCGCUACUCUGUGUUAAAGUGGUUACUAGGGUCCAACACUGCAGAUGGGCGACAUCUGAAGUGGGGGUUGAAACUAUCAAGAUGGACGCUGGGAAUCCAUCGGACUCAGAAAGAUGAGGACGGCCUCGCGGCCAUCCUUGGGUCUGGUAUUACUCCCAGGGAACAUUUAGAUAAAGUUGCAGAGACCCUGAUUCCGUCCUAG